CGUUGCCACGGAAACAGUACACAGACGCUAGAGACGCUAGCCUGUUAGCAUUCUUGUUGGCGCAAGCUAACUAUCAUCACAAAAUAACCAUACUAGCUAACGCUAAUAACUAAGGUUACUAAUUUAGCUAUAUUUACACCUUCAAAAUAUUUAUCUCACGCGUAUCGAUUAGAACGGGCUGGUCAGAAUAGCAUCGAUCAGAGGGACAUUCUGAUUCCUCCAGCUAGCGGCAACGGAUCAGGUUAUUCUGAGUAUAUCUAUAACGUUGCUCAUCAUCAAUACUAUAUAUCGAUAACGCUCAUCAAGAGUUGUUAUUAUUACGGUGACGUUGCGAUCAUGAAGGCGGCGAGGAUACAGCUUCGCAAUUUAUGGAUCUAAAGAUAUAUCCCUAUAUACAUUGCUAUUGAUAUAGAAAUCGAUGUAUAUAGAACCAUAGAGAUAUAUCUACCAAUAUAUGCAUACAUAUAUAUAGGCUGAUGGAUAGGGGCAUAGAUCGUCUAGGCAUGAUACAAUAGGGUGGUGACGAAGGGCCAUGCGGUGGUGGGUGGAAGAGGUCUUGGUUUGGCUAAAGGGAAAGAGAUGGAUGUGUGCAGUAGGAACCCCAACCGAACCUCCCCAGUAAGCGAAGCAGGUGGAGGUGACCAAGUGCCUCUUUGUUCCCGGACCAAUGGGUGGAGCUGGCCACCCCACCCUCUCCAGCUGCUGGCCUGGCUGCUCUACCUCUUCUUUGCCAUCACCAGCCUGGGAAUUUUCAUCCCUCUGCUACCUCCACACUGGCUGCCGGCUGGCUACAUCUGUACAGGCAUCAUGUUGGUCGGCCACCUGUGUGUUCACGUGAUGGCGGUCUCGCUGGAUCCAGCUGAUCAGAACGUGAGGAGGAAGACCACCAGCGGUCCUGUGCCUGUCUUUGACCGGUCCAGACACGCCCACGUGAUCGAGAACUGCCACUGCUACCUCUGUCAGGUGGACGUCGGUCCCAAGUCGAAGCACUGCAGCUCGUGUAACAAAUGUGUUGCGAGCUUCGACCAUCACUGCAGGUGGCUCAACAACUGUGUGGGGAGAAGGAAUUACAAGCUCUUCCUCAACAGUGUCAUCUCAGCCCUGCUCGGGAUCUGCCUGGUCCUGGUGAGCGCCACCUAUGUCUUCAUUCAGUUUUUACUGGAUCCAUCCCAGCUGCGCACAGACACACACUUCCAAGUGACCAACGACACGGGGCUGUGGUUCGUCUUCCUGCCCCUGGCUCCCGUUGACUCGGCCGGGGCGGUGAUCCCCGUCCUGGCGGCCGUCACCAUCGGCCUGGGCCUGCUGUCCUGCACCCUCCUCAGCCACCUGCUGGGCUUCCACAUGUACCUCAUGUGGAACAGGUUAAGUACUUAUGAGUACAUAGUGAAACAGCGCCACCGACAGGGAACAAGAGGAGCCAGCGCUAAAACUCCAACGAGGAAGGCUUCAGCCAACAUCAUACAGGAACUGAGCUACUCUGGGACCCUGGGCUACACCAACCCUGAGGUGGACCACCCCAGAACCCUGGCUCCUCCCGAUAGUUUACAGUUCCAUAUGAAUGGUGAGAUGAAAAGGAUUUCCAGUGGAGGUGAAGAAGACAAAACCACUUCACACACACAGAGAAAGAAGAAAAAGAAGAGGAAGGUUCACCGAGUGCCUUCAGAAACACACACACCACCUGCGGAGCUCUGCGGGGGGCCGGAGCUACCCCACGCAGCCUUCCCUCCGAGGCCCGCUCCAGCCUCGCGGGCCCCCAGCCUGGGGCCGGGGCCAGGCCCUCGGGCCCCGCUGCAGGCCGCGGGGCCGCCCGCAGAGUACCACUCUGACUCGGCCGAGUCUCUGGAGGAGAUCCCGGUGCCGCUGGCGCGCCUGGGCUCCUGCUCUUCCUCCGGGACCCGGGCCCUCCCAGCAUGCACCUCUUACGGCCCCCCCUUGCCCCGCUUCACCAAGAGGAAGAGGAGGAGCCGGGACCCCCGGCGGGAGACGUUCCCCUCUGAGCCCCCCACUGUGUUUGUGAGCCAGGCCAGCGGGGAGCUGGGAGAACCCAAAGGGUGGCUGAUCCAGAACUCUGGACGGAGCUCUCUGGCGUGACCCCUGACCCUAACCCCGUGACCUUUACCCUCAUACUGAUCCCUGACCUUCAGCCUAACCCUGACCUUCACCCUAACCCUGACCUUCACCCUAACCCCUGGCCUUCACCCUUACCCUGACCUUCACACUAACCCCAUGACCUUUACCCAAACACUGACCCCUGACCUUCACCCUAACAUUAACCCUGACCCUAGUCAAUUGGUGACUGAACCAGCACACAGGAGAUUAUUCAGACCUACAACUUGGAUGGUUUUAUCUCUUUUCUCUCUCCCUCUAUCGCCCUUCUCUCUCUCAUCACUAUAGACAAGCACAAUGGAUCACAAUAUACGUUUUUUUCACGUUUUUCUACGGUUUGCCAAUAGUUCCUGAAGAAGUAUCCUGUCGAUUUUGCAAAUGGAAGCCCAGAAACAUGCUGACGAACCUUCUAACAACCUUGUGAUGAACUUUGAGUGGAGCAGCCCUUCGUGGACAGAUGUUCACCAUAGACUGUAUCGGAUAGAUGUUCACCGUAGACUUUAUUGGAUAGGUCUUCACCAUAGACUGCAUCAGAUAGGUGGUAAGUUGUAACCAUAGACUAUAGGUGUUCACCGUUCUGAUCAAAGAUCCCUGGGACUUCACAGUUUUGAUGAAGGCAUUGGCAUCUUUUUGAGUCUUUUCUUUAUUAUAUUAUAAUAUAUAUUAUAAUAAUGAAUUAUAUUAUAAUAAUAUAUAUUAUUAUAUCAUGUUUUAUACCUAUGUGUCUAUUAAUAAACACAUGUUUUAUACCUGU